GAUGGUGCAGAGGGAUGCAGCAUCAUGGUUGGCUAUUUACCGUGUCUCACGAAGUCCCUCUACCUCCUCAUUCGACUGGUGACAGAUCCGGCGCCCAAAUUACUAGGCAUGGUGGAGGUGGAUGUUGGUAUUCGUUUUGUGCUUCUUGCACUCACGCCGAGAGUGAAUGAGGAGAGGGCCAUGUAUCAAACAGGACGAUGUUUCGCCACAAUGCUCAACGAAAAUAAAUUUCUCACAGCCUUGCGUCAUUCACAUGAUCCAGGCGACAUCUACAAGGCCGCAAUGAAUUUCAGACGGGAUAUAAUAGUUAUUUCUCAUGGUUAUUCAGAGGUGCUCAAUCGCAGUGGUGGCAUCGAUGUGCCUUCUCCUUACGCCAACGAAGUCGAGUUUGAUAGAACCGAUCUUGUGUUUGAUGACGUUUUGGAUGCAACUUCAAAAAAUGAAAUGAUGUCAUCGAACUUAAGUUUACAAAUUGAGCCCCAAGCUCAUUGCACCAAGCAUUCAUUCAAGCGCCUGUGUCCACCAUUCUACGAAUUGGUGCGUGGAAUCAAGGCCCUCGCCGCCCGAAUGCCCAGCGACUACGUCGAUGCCUUUACCAAAGACAAUGUGGGAACAAUGCUGAGUAGUAUCCUCUUCAUCUACUUCGUCGUAUUUGCACCGGCUGUUACCUUUGGGACUUUGAUGUGUAAGUCAGCUUACUUUCUCCAUGACGGAUAA